UUCCGCGAUCAAACCGUCGUAUCCAAACUGUUGAUACUCAUAUCGGCGUGGCUACGGCUGGUUUGUUAGCAGAUGGUCGCCAUAUUAUCAAUAGAGCGAGAGAUGAAGCCGAGAAUUAUCGAAACAGGGUAGGUCAAUAUGCACAGGCCUACACGUUAUAUUCAAAUGUACGGCCAUUUGGUAGCAGCGCUAUUAUCGGUACAGUUGAUAAAGAAGGUCCACAGCUUUUUAUGGUUGAACCAUCUGGUGUAUACUGG